AUAGUUUUCAGAAUUUGGCGCGAGGGUAGUUUUCAUGCUUGACGGGUGUACUCGCUGCCUGAAUAGGAAACAAUGUCAACCUGAGCUCCACUGUGUUGAGGACUGUCGUCAACAUUGGGAUAUGGUCUGUUUCUCCAGACAAAGGAACUAGAAACAAAGUCCCUGAAUGAUGUCAGUGGCAGUGGAAACCAACAUGCCCAGGGUGCCUCUUCCUAUCCCGGCCCACUUCUCCCAAGCAGAGCAGUCCUUCUCCCUCAAAAAGCGCAAACCCCCUUGUUCCUCGUCGUCUACAUCCAACUCAUCGUACUCCUCCCCUCCUCGGCUCUCAUAUUCUAUGCCCCCACUGCCACCAUCCAAGGGAUGCCCUCCUCUGAGCAGGAUGUUUCCCCAGCAUCCAUCCCCUUUCACACCCUUGUCCUGUUCCCUUAGUAAGUCUCCACCUCCUAGUUCUGUUUAUGAUCCCAACAAGCAGCAGUCCUACUUUAACCAAUGCUUCACUAAUCUGGGGCUGGUAGGAAGAGGAUCAUUCGGAGAGGUCUACAAGGUGCAAAACAACAAGGAUGGUCGACAGUAUGCAGUUAAACGCUCGGCUCAUCGCUUUAGAGGCAAGAGUGAGAGGAACCGGAGUGUGAGGGAAGCCAGAAACCAUGAGCGCCUAUGUCCUCACCCUCACAUCCUGGAUUUUGUGGCAGCUUGGGAGGAGUGCGGCCGUCUUUACAUUCAGACAGAGCUUUGCAGCACCAGUUUGCUGCUACAUGCUGAGAGCCAGCCUGGCCCAGAUGAGCCUGCAGCAUGGGCUUACCUGUGCGACCUUCUCUCUGCACUACAACACCUGCACUCUCAUGGUUUUGUGCAUCUGGACCUCAAGCCCGCCAAUGUCCUCAUGACUGACUCAGGUCGUCUCAAGCUGGGGGACUUUGGGUUGCUGCUUGAGUUCAAACAGAGGAGUACAGAACUCUUAGAGCACAAAGGGGAAGAGGAUGCCCAGGAGGGAGAUCCAAGGUACAUGGCGCCUGAGCUUCUCCGUGGGAAAUAUGGACCUGCUGCUGAUGUAUUCAGUUUGGGUGUUUCUAUCCUGGAGCUGGCUUGUAAUAUUGAGGUCCCUAAUGGAGGAGACGGCUGGCAGCAGCUCAGACAAGGCUGCCUCCCAUCUGAGUUCACCAGUGGUUUGUCAGCUGAGCUUCAGACUGUACUGCAGCUGAUGCUGGCACCAGAUCCGUCUGACAGGCCGACGGUCUCAGAGCUCCUCGCCCUCCCCUCUGUUUGGAAACACAGGUGCAAAAGACGUGUUUACCUCUUGGUGGCUGAGACCAUGCUGACACUGACCUCACUCUUUAAGUCUGUCGUGCUCUUUAGCUGCCGACUGUUCUCCUUCCUUCCUACUCCUGCCUUUCUCCCUCACUGGACAAAGCCAGUUCCCUGCACUCCUCCUAAAGACAGCUGGGACAGGGAUCUAACCCUGCCCCUCAGCGCCAUGCAUGCUGACUCAGGGAGUCCAGAAGACGAUGCAGUGUUUUUGUUGGAUCCCACAGAUGCUGAGCUUUCCCCCACCUUCUUAAACAGGGUCAAAUCCAGAUUAUCUGUGGAAAGCACAUCAACUCCUCUCCCGGCUUCACCGACGCACAAUCAUCACAGUCCUGCCCACACACCCACUCACUCAAAUAUGAGCGACUGGCUCUCCUGUAAUUUAGCGCACACGCCCUCCAGUAUUCACUCCAAUGGUUCCUGCCACACUCUUACACCCAGCGUGAGCCUGAUACAUGCUGGGAUUAAUUCACACAGCAUGAAUGAAAACUCCACACACAGCCAACACUCUUCAUCCACCAGGUCCUCGCAGAGACGAGGCUGCAGCUGGGUCCGGAGCGAAGAGUCCUUACCCCGACCCAACAUUGAACCAAAGAACCUGCUUAGCCUGUUUGAAGAUACAACACUGGAGGGAGAGCCAUGAGUUAACUGCCUGGGGGUGAUGGGUUUUCACUUUAAAAUGCUGUCAAGCUGAUUAAUGUAUUCAUGUAACAGGUUUACUGCUUAGUCUGUAAAAAGCUGUUGCUGUUUUGUAGCUGUCCUACAGCAGCUUCUUUUAAUGUGUAAUGUUUAAAAUUUAGGGACGAGGGGUUGACUAUACUAUCAGAUCUUUAAGCACUUUUUAUGUUUGCAAUCUGUUGCUGAAAUAACAAGGCAUGUUGAGUUGUUUAAUAAGUUAUGACUACAUAUUAUCCUGUACCUCAUGAGUGAAAAGAAAAUAAAAUGAGGAGGGAAAUGA